GGCCUCCUCCUUGUGGCGGCCAUUUUGCUGCUCUCGGGCGUGCCGGGGCGGGACCGAAGUGACGGAACUGUCAAGGCGCAGAAAUCGUUGUCCCCACGGCAGAGAGGCGGGUCCGCGGCUGGCGACGCCGCCCGGACUGCCCCGCGCGGGGGCCGGGACGGGGACCGCCGGUCCAGGUGUCCACUCUGCCCAUAGGGUUCGAUGGCGGCGGUCGCGCCCAGGGACCCGGCUCAGGAUAGUGUGACCUUUGAGGACAUUGCUGUGUACUUCUCCUGGGAGGAGUGGAGGCUUCUUGAUGAGGCUCAGAGAUGCCUGUACCACGAUGUGAUGCUGGAGAACUUUACACUUGUAUCCUCACUGGGUUGCUGCUGUGGAGCAGAGGAUGAGGAGGCCCCCUUUGCACAGAGCGCUUCUGUAGGCGUUUCACAGACCUGGACGCCCAGGGCUGCUCUGUCUUCCCAGAAGACCCACCCCUGUGAGAUGUGUGGUCCCGUCUUGAGAGACAUUUUCCACUUGGCUGAGCUCCAGGGGAAAGAAAACGGCCAGAAACGGUUGAGGUGUGGGGCCUGCGGGAAACGAUUUUCUUUCGGUGUGAAGUUGGAGCAGCAGCAGCAGCAGGAGCAGCCCGCGGGAGCAAAACCAUUCAGAAGCCGUGUGGACAGGGCCUCUGCUGUCAAGAGCUGGGGAUCCGGUGGUUCGGGAAAGCCCUUUACCUGUGGAGAGGUUGAGAAGGACUUGCUGUCUGGCUCGGAGCAUCUGGGGCAAGAGGCCACUCGUACUGGGGAGAAGCCAAAGGAAAUCACCCAGUGCAGGGCAACGUUACAAAGCCGAAAAAGUCAUCACACCUGGGGAGAAUGCAAGAAUGCCUUCGGUCCCAAACACGUGCUUGUUCAGGACCACUGUUUUGUGUGCAGUGAAUGUGGGAAAACGUUCAGGUACAAAUCUUCAUUUGCCAUACACCAGAGAUACCAUACUGGAAAAAGACAUCAUGAAUUUGGUGAAUGCGGAAGAUCCCUUAGGCAGAGCUCUUCCCUCAGUCAACAUGGAAAGACUCACACUGGGUCCAGGCAAUACAAGUGCAGCAAAUGUGGGAAGUCCUUAAGCCACAGAUCUGUCCUCAUUCAUCCCCAGAGAUGGCACGAUGGAGAAAACAGUUAUGUGUGCAGUGAAUGUGCAGAAUCUUUUAACCGUGGCUCCGUGUUGAUACCAUGUAGAGUUCAAACUGGAAAAAGCGGGCCCCAGCUCGGAACCCGCUCCCGCACGCAGCCGGCCGGCGCCUCCCCGUCCCGGAUACCGGGGCCCGGGCCGCUUGGACGCGAGCAGGUGGCCGGCGCUCGGGCCUAUGGGGUCUGGAGAUUUGGGUCCCGGGCUGCCCGGCUCCGGGCCGGGACCUGGACCGCUGUCCUGUUGUCCGCUCCACCACCGAGUCCGAUGGCGGCGGCCGCGCCCAGGGAUCCGGCUCCCGCCCGAGCGCGGGGCGCCUGCUCGCGGCCCUGCGGCCCAGGCCCGGGUGUCCGGGACAGGGAGGCGCCGGUGGGCGGGGUCGCGUGUGUGAGCGCCGGCGGGCGGCGUGUGGGAGCGGGCUCCGGGCUGGGGGGCCGCUGGGGCGGGGGCUUCAGGGGGCCUGAGGCGGGAGGAUUCUGCCCUCGGGACAAGGGGACGGAGAGCCUGAGGCUGAGACGCCUGGAUUGGCGGGCGGAGGGAGUUCUAAAGAAGAGCAGUUUGGAGGUGGGAGAUGAGUACUCCGAGGAACUGGCAGGCUGA